AUGUUUAAUAGUCGAGGGUUUACUACGCCAAAACAACGAAAUGGUGAUUGUGCCACUAAUGGCCAAUAUUAUCAUGAAAAGACCAUAGAAGACUCCUUGAAGGAGUUAGAAAUAUUUUUUGGAUCCGAAACGCGUCCUUCGAUCAUUUCAGAAGAUAUAGUGUCAUUCGAUCCAAAUUUCGCAUCUGGCUUGCAACCGAGAUAUAAAACGUCAAGUAGUCGGAGCUCAAGUAUUACUUCUUCUGGUGUCAGUUCCACAGCAAUUGACUUAUCGGAUGCUACCAGUAGCCGCGAUGAAAAUAAUAUCCCACCUUUUUUGAGAAGACAGCCCUUUCAAAUAAAAGUGCCAAACAAGUCAAGAUUUUUUGUUAUAAAGUCAAACAAUGCCGACCAUAUUCAAACUUCCAUACAAAAUGGCGUGUGGACAUCUACAGUACUAGGAAAUAGGAGACUUUCGCAAGCGUUUCGAAAUCGUGACACGAAUGCGCAAAUAUACUUAUUGUAUUCCGUGAAUGGAGCUGGCUGCUUUUGCGGCCUAGCUGAAAUGAUAACAGAUCUGCGCAAUACUAAUCUAGAUUUUUGGACUGACUCAAAGCGUUUCAAGCACAUAUUCUCAGUCCGGUGGAUAAUUACGCAAGAUAUUCCCAACUACAAAGUAAGGCACUUUUCGAAUCCGCUAAACGAAAUGAAAUCAGUCAUUCAGUCCAGGGAUACUCAGGAAAUUCCCUUGAAUAUAGGACGCUCUUUGCUUCGAAUCUAUGAAGAUCAUAUCAACAGUUAUCAAGGACCGCCAUUUUCGACAAAAACGACAUACUAUUGA